UUUCUUUUCUUUUCUUUUCCGGAUCAAGCGAUUAGACGGUGUCCCAUGUCAGUUUUCUCUCGCAACUCGACUUUUUUCCUUCGUCCAUUUCAAUUCACUGGUCCAAAACAUCCGAACUCCGCCACCACGACCACCACCUCCACCGGUUGCAUCUGCCCCUAGGCAGUCUCAAAAGCUCUAUCGACCUACCUGGUUGCUUCCAUUCUCAUCUACCGCACGGCAGGAUGGCCCCGAUGCCUUAUCCUGGAAACUAGCAAACCAAGAAACUUUAGUACACUCAGUCUUUCGUGUGAACGACGGUUCAAAACUAGUGACUGGCUCGCGAGUUCCGUGGAGAAGCGGUCGAGAGACAAAACGCUUCCAGUUGUCGUACUUUCAGUACAGAAAACAGGAGGACCCCCAUGAAUCCAGGGGGCUUUCGCAUGUGGAUCAUUAAAAACGGUUCAAACUUACUGCAAAUCUUGAUCGAUGGGCUUCGGUUUCCGUGCAGCUGCGUCCAAUUCCCCCUAUCGCGGAUCCGAUUCUACGCAACCCCAUUUCAAGAUUUCAUCAUCUCGAUGAGUCAAAACCCCCCCUGAAACAGGAGCUGUGGGACGAAGGAAGCAGUUGAGCACUACCCCAUUUGGAUUCUUGCUUCGGCUUGGGCAACCUGUAGGAGAGACCAAGAAUGGAGAUUUCACAUAAAAGAAGGCCCGUCGCCACCAACUGGUUCUAUAUCUUCCUCCUCUUGUCGACUAACCUCCUCACCCUCCUCCUCUCCGCCACUUUCUACUCCUCCUGCUCUCUCGGUCGGAGGAGCGCCAUCCCCGAAGCAACGGUCACCAUCCCUUCUCAAUCCACGGUUCGGUCAGCUGCGACGGCCUCCCUGAAUACUGCGUCGGAGGAUGAUCUCACCCCCGAGUUCAAGGCCUUCACUUCAGGCCAGCUCCUCCCAUUCGGGGUCAACCCGAACUUCGACUCGGACACCAUGUACCCUCCGGUCGGCCGCCCAUGCACCAUGUUCCCGGACUUGCUCCGCCGCUUCAUGACCUACAAGGUGAACGGCUCAUGCCCGGAUGAUGAGCUCCUGGCGCAGAAGCUCCUGCUCAAAGGGUGCGAGCCGCUCCCUCGCCGCCGUUGCCGCCACGCCUCGCCCCCGGACUAUGUGGAGCCGUACCCUCUCCCAACAAGCCUCUGGACCACCCCUUCGGAUUCUUCUGUGGUCUGGACUGCCUACACUUGCAAGAAUUAUGACUGCCUCAUCAACAGGAAGAACAGGCAGCAGGGCUUUGAUGACUGCAAGGACUGCUUCGACCUUGAAGGCGCUGAGAAGCACCGCUGGACUGCUGACAAGAGCAACGGCGGCCUCGACUUCACCAUCGACGAAGUCCUGGCGACGAAGAAGCCAGGGACAAUAAGGAUCGGGCUUGACAUCGGGGGUGGGGUUGCCACUUUUGCGGUGAGGAUGAGGGACAGGAACAUAACCAUCAUCACCACUUCCAUGAACUUGAACGGCCCUUUCAACAACUUCAUAGCAGCAAGAGGGGUUGUGCCUCUCUACAUCAGCAUCUCUCAGAGGCUUCCCUUCUUCGACAACACGCUGGACAUCGUCCACUCGAUGCACGUGCUGAGUAACUGGAUCCCAACCACGCUUUUGCACUUCCUGAUGUUCGACAUUUAUCGGGUCCUGAGACCGGGGGGUCUGUUUUGGCUUGAUCAUUUCUUCUGUGUGGGUGAACAGUUGGAGCAUGUGUAUACUCCUCUCAUCGACAGCAUUGGGUUCAACAAGAUAAAGUGGGUUGUGGGUAGGAAACUCGACCGGGGGCCAGAGCUCCAGGAGAUGUACCUCUCAGCUUUGCUCGAGAAGCCAUUGAAGAAGUCCUGGUGAUCCUGUGGUUGCUUCUUUCCUUUUCACUCCAGGGAAGACUUUUAAUUUCACACAGCCUUUCUAAAGUUCAGUCAAAGGAAUACAAAACUUGCCACUGUCUUUUAAUCAAUAGUUGGAGAAAGAUUGUUAUUCAUUCAUAAGGAUUAUUAUUAUCACUGAAAUUUGCCUGUUGGAUAUACGCUCAGUUAGUAUUUUGGUCUAAGAAAAUCUGUCUAUAGUAUCUA